AUGGCAGACCAGGAUCUUGUCUCUAAUGGUCAGAGAGCUACGCCUAGAAGACAAGGAACAGGGCGAGAGAUCACCACUCGCGGCUUUGAAUUCAAGAAGAGAGUUUUCUCCAUGCCUCCCCAGCCCCUUGCAGACGUCACUUCCCAGCAGAACUCUUCCAUUAUCCCUAGCCGUGGUCGGAGAACUGGCUUGAAGAUUGGUUCCUCAGUUCUCAAGGACAGCUUUGGAAUGGAGCGAUUGAGUGACUUUUGGAAUGCGGAAGAAAUCGAAGCAAUGAGGAGGAAGUCGAGUUUGGCUAGCGAUGCCAGAGAUCGAUCCAAGACCAGCAUGGACACCGGGCCGCUCUCUGAAUACUCAGGGAGGGUUUCGCAGUACUCUCAAGACACCGAAUCAUCCAAUGACAAUGAUUCCGCGAGUCCGUCUGGCAUUUCCAAGCGUUCGGAGUACUUGGCUGAUUGUUCUCAGAGUAGCGGAAAGGCCUCUUUGUCCAGAAAUGAUGAGAGCCAAGAUCAGACCGAGCAGAGCUAUGCUGAUGCUUCCUGCACAUCUGCGGAGAAGAGUAACGUCAACACGGAUGCCUCCAAGCAGUCUAUCUCUGAACUGAACUCGCCAAGCGUUGCAGACAUGAGUGAUGGCUCUCCUGCGAUGGAUGCGAGCAAGCGCUUGUCGUUUACAGACUCGGCCGAGAAAACUUCCAAGACCGAUGAUGCCUCCCCAUGCUCCUCUGACGUCAGCUCUCGGCAGCCUCGAGUUUCGUUUGCAGAAUCUGCUAUCCGCCGCAAGUCUUCCAUUUCGUUCGCUCGAACCCCAGGCACGAAGAAUGGAGACACAAGCAUGGAAGACUUCGACGUGGAUGAUUGCGCUGCAGCAGAUUCAGGUGACGAGCAGAAUGACGACCAGGACGAGAACCAGUCGAUUCAGCAGGAAGAGAUCAAGCCCAAGAAGGCCGCUUCGAAGAAAAGAGAGCGCGACGAUGGCAGGCUUGCUCUUAUUGACAGGCUGGACACGAUGGGGCGUGCUUCCUAUUGCAACACGGACUCGUACGCGCCCAAGUCCAAGAGGUUGUCAGAUGUUGCUCCUCGCCCUGUCAUCGAGGAUGAUGGGAAGAGGAGGAGCAAGCGCAGGAAGAUGCGGCCCCUCCAGUACUGGAGGAAUGAGAGGGUGGAAUAUGCUCGCGAAACAGGUGCUGUCUUGCCAGAGAUUGUGGACCUGGUUGUGCGUUCUCCCGAACCCACUCCUUUCCGGCGGAAGAGAUCUAAGGAGGAACAGGCUGUGGAAUCCUCUCCAACCAGUGCCAACAGCAAGGCCAAGACAGUGAAGAAAAACAGGAACAAGAAUAAGAAGUCCAAGAAGACAUCCUCUCGAGACAACUUGCAGAAGGUUGAUGUGGAAGAGGACGAAGAUGAGGACGAUGCCCCUAUCAAGAAGCCCAAGGGCAAGACCGCCUUCUUCCUCUUCUCUGCAGACAAGAUGUGGGAGGUUAAAGAGCAGCACCCCGACUUGUCAAUCUCAGAGAGAGCUCAGAUCCUCAAGGAUCAAUGGUUGGAUGCUGAUGAGGCCACUAAGAAGCAUUAUGAGAGGCAGGCAAAGAAUUCAGCCAAAGUGUAG